CUCUCUUUCUACGUCCACUAAUCUGCACUUCAACAUCCAGCGCGACGCCGAGAAGCCACCGGAAACGGCCGGAACUUAACGCCGGGAAACCCUUUGAGCAGUACAUCGUCUUUCGUCUUGAGAGACUCUUCGGCGACAUUGUCUGUUUCGACUCCUCCUCCGGAAAGAAGAGAAAAGUCUCAGUCGGCAGUUUCCGAGCCGAUCGUCAUGGGAAGAGGAAAGAUCGAGAUCAAGCGAAUCGAGAACACGACGAAUCGUCAGGUGACCUUCUGCAAGCGGAGGAAUGGACUGCUGAAGAAGGCGUACGAGCUGUCUGUGCUGUGCGAUGCCGAGGUCGCGCUCAUCGUCUUCUCGAGCCGAGGCCGACUCUUCGAGUACGCGAACAACAACAUCAAGGCCACCAUUGAUAGGUACAAGAAGGCGUGCGCUGAAAGCUCAAACGCAAACUCGGUAACCGAGGCCAACGCCCAGUAUUAUCAACAAGAGUCCACCAAGUUGAGGCAGCAGAUACAAAUUCUACAGAAUGCAAACAGGCAUUUGAUGGGUGAAUCUUUGAGUAACCUCAGUGUGAAGGAGCUAAAGCAGUUGGAGAAUAAAAUAGAGCGGGGCAUAACCAGGAUCAGAUCGAAGAAGAACGAACUGCUGUUUGCGGAAAUCGAGUACAUGCAGAAACGGGAACUGGAACUACAAAGUGAUAAUAUGUAUCUUCGAGCUAAGGUUGCUGAGAGCGAGCGAGCACAGCAUUCCAACAUGUUGCAGGGACCUGACUACGAAACGAUGCAGACGUUUGAUUCCCGCAACUUCUUUCCGGUGAACAUGCUCCAGUACUCCAGCCAGGACCAAACUGCUCUGCACCUCGGGUAGCAAAUAAUAUAUUCCAAGGAGUCAUUGACGGUUGGCUGCAACGACGGUGAUGGUGUGUUUAUGUAAGUGUAUUGCCAUAUAAUGUCUCAUAUUGUAUUAAUAAUGCACAAUAUGAUAUGGUGUUGUCUGAAUUAUAUGCUCCAUCAGUGUGAAAAGAAUGUGAACAAGAAGAGGCAAAAAAAGAUAAAAAAAAAAAAAGGGGUUGGGAUGAUAGGGGCACAUCCGAGUGCGUUGUAUACCUUACCAAGUAAGGGUGCAUAUUUCAACAUAUCUUGGCGUCUUAACUUUAACGCUCUGUUGAUGCUAUUUAAUGUUGUUGGCUUUUAGUAUCCACUUGUAACAAUAAAGCUGGCAGACUUUGUUAUCUUAUGAGGUCAUUCCAUGAUUUUCU